CCUCUUUUGCUGUGAACUUCAGUCAGGGUAGAAGACACUGUAAAAGAGCUGUGGAGCAGACAGCCCAGUCAAGGGGACCGGAGAGCAGUGGCCAUGGCCUCAGAAAUGCAGGUUGAAAGGAUUGGAAAGGAAAUGACAUGUCCCAUCUGCCUGGAGUUCUCAGGGGAGCCCAUGAGCAUCAAGUGUGGGCACAGUUUCUGCCACAGAUGCAUCUCUAAGCUGUGGAGAGAAGGGCACAGCUCUUGCCCUGAGUGCCGGGCCAGCUUCCAGCAAGAGGACAUCCGGCCCAAUAGGCAGCUGGGAAACCUGGUGGAGAGCCUCAAGCCGGUGGUCAAGGAUCUCAGAUUGUUCUGUGAGAAGGAUGGAAAGGCCGUCUGUGCAGCUUGUCAUCGGUAUUGGGAGCGCAACGGUCACCACGCCGACCCCAUCGAGGAAGCAACCGAGACAUACAAGGAUGUGAGGAACACCCGGGGCAGGGACGGUCGAAUCCUGCCACAACCAGAAACCAUCCCCAUGAAGCUGAAGAGCAGCCACCCAAUACCGGGUUUGAAGGCGAUACUGAGGACUUGUUCAGCGGAUGUGACUCUGGACCCAAACACGGCCCAUCCCACCCUCUUCCUGAAAGACAAUCAGAGAAGCGUGAGUCAUGCAGACACUCCACAGAACCUCCCUGACACCAUCGAGAGAUUUGAUAACUCUUUCAACAUCUUGGGUGCGCAACACUUCACCAAAGGGAAGCAUUACUGGGAGGUGUCUGUGGCCGGGAAGACCCACUGGGACGUGGGGGUUUGCAGGGACUCGGUGGGCAGGAAGGGGAUGGUGACUCUUUGUCCUCAUACUGGAUUCUGGGCCAUGAUCCUGAGAAAUGCCAACAAAUACCAGGCUUGCACGUCUCCCACUACCUGUCUCUCCCCAGCGGUGCCUCCUCAGAAGAUAGGGGUCUUCCUAGAUUAUGAGGCAGGAAAUGUAUUGUUCUUCAACAUCACUGACGAGUCCCACAUCUUCACCUUCUCCGGCUGCACUUUUUCCGGCCCCGUGCGCCCCUUCUUCUCUCCUGGUCCUAACUACAAAGGGGAAAAUUUGGCUCCUCUGACCAUCUGCCUGAUGAACGGGGAGGACUGA